AUGGUAUGGGGUGCUGUAUCCUACAACGGUAAAAUCUUAUUGAAAUUCGUUGAACAAGGCGUUAAAAUCAAUGCGAAACAUUAUCAAAAUGAAGUCUUGACAUCCACAUUAAUACCCAACAUCAGUACGUUGUGUUCAGAUAAUCAAUGGAUAUUCCAGCAGGAUUCAGCCCCUGCUCAUAAAACAAAGUCAACACAGCAAUGGUUAGUGGAAAAUUGUCCAGAUUUUAUCAGUUCCAAAGAAUGGCCACCAUCGUCGCCUGAUCUUAACCCGUUGGAUUUUUCAAUACGGGGAACAUUAGAAGCGAUCGUCAACGCAAAACCCCAUCGCAGUUUGGAAUCGUUAAAACGCAUGUUGAUUCGAGAAUGGAAUCGGUUGCAGAUGGACAUAGUGCGUGCCGCCAUCGACACCUGGCGAAGACGAUUAGCAUUAGUUGUGAAACACAAGGAACGCCGUUUUGAGUGA